UGUGGCUGUGCAAACAUGCUGAUGAUAAACUGUUGCUGCGUUCAGGCUCUGUAUUUAAUCGCCACCAACGGGACUCCUGAGCUCCAGAGUCCAGAGAAGCUGUCUCCUGUCUUCAGGUCCUUCUUGUCCCGUUGUCUGGAAAUGGACGUGGAGAAACGAGGAUCGGGCCGAGAACUGCUGCAGCAUCCGUUCCUGAAGCUGGCCAAACCUCUGUCCAGCCUCACUCCCCUCAUCCUCGCUGCUAAAGAGGCCAUGAAGAGCAACCGCUGAAUCUCCGGCUCUAAGGACGUCACCAUCGCAGCGCGUUAGAGUUGAACGCCUCCACACUCAACACAGCACGCCUCUACUGAAGCCACCAUAUUUAUUUUGUCACAGUAACAGACGACCAUGUCUGUUCUAUUUGUGGCCUUUCCUGUACAGACGUCAGCUAAUCAUGAAAUGGCACAUUUGCAUAUGUUGUCUGCGGUUGCUAUGGUAACAUGUGACCAUGUGUAUUGGUAAUGUCUUAUAGCUUAUGAGACGUUUGUGUAUGUUUUUGUAUUUUUUUUAAACUAACAACAGAAAAAACAAUUUGUUGACUGUUUGUUUUAGCCGGUGCAGGGCAGAAAGUCUGUCCCUCAUAUCGCUCGUAAAGACAAUCACUGGAAAGUAUUUUAAUUUUUUAUACAAUUUGCCUUUAGAGCGGUGCACGAUGCAAUAAAACCUGCUUAAAUGGUACUAAGCAGGUUGACACAGAUGCUGAGCAGGCUGGACUCCACCCUGAGGCUCUGGACCAGAACACAUUCCAGUCAGAGUGUGUGUGUGAGAUGAGAGGUUUGAAAUGUGUUGUUGUUCAUCAUGAAACCAACAAAUUCUGGCAUUGAAACACAUCCACAUAAAUUAGUAUUAAAAGUGGCCUUAAAUAAAUGUGUAUUUGGAUGAUG